AAAAAAAAAAAACAGCGAAGAAGAAGAACAGCAGCCAACAUGGCGGCUUCCACGGGACUAAACGGGAAAUCUGUUUCUGCUCCAGAUUCGGAUCUUUUACUGCACCCAGAGUUGCUGUCCCAGGACUUUAUCCAGCUCAUUUUACGUGAGAAAAAUGUCAGCACCGGAGACUGUGGGAGCAGGGAGCAGCUCACAGAGCUGUACUUCCGACAUGUCAUCCCGCUGCCGCAGAGGGCUUUACCCGCCAGCCGCUGGGGGAGGAGGAUGGAGAGGAGCCGGGGGAGGCAGACAGCCGCCGGUCACAGCUCCAGUAACGACCACAACAGGAAAAGGCCUCUGAUCGUCUUUGAUGGGACGUCUUCUCACUCUGGGCUCCUAAAAGUGAAGAAACCAGAAGGAACCACGGCGUCAGCAGGAAUGACUGACAGGUUAAAACCUCCUCCAGCUGCACGUCUGUCUAACCCCAUCCGCAAGCUGUCAGGCAGCACUUCCUCUUCUUCCUCAUCUGUUCAUCGUAGCUCCGACACGACAAACCUCAAACGAGAAGCAAACACCUCGGAGGCACUGAAGUCUCCAGAAGUAAAGAAAAAGAUCCAGCAUGUGACAUGGCCCUGACCUCUGACCUGUUCAUGCACACCUGAUGGACGCUUCACUCCUCUUCCUGUCCCUGACCUGUUGGUGUCCUCUACCUUACCAGUCUUUAUCACCAUUUUCCCAGUAAUUGCUUCACAGAAAGAGGUGGAAGACUUUUCAGCUGCGUGUCAACGCCGCCUCACUUCUCCGGUUCAGUUCUGAGAACAGAUUCUGUGGAGACGAUGCUCAGGAGUUCAUCCUCCUCAUAAAGUCAUGAGCUUCCUUAUUGCUCUCUAGAGCCUGAAGUGUCCUUACCAUCACUGAUCAGCAGCUCACACCAACACAUGGAGACCUUCUAGAGGACGACUCGAAUGAGGUGACGUUUUUAAUGUUCUGUUUCUGUGUGUGAGUUGGUUUUAGUAGAAGGAAUCUCAUACUGUGGUAGUGAUGGACGUACAGAAAAGGCAGUUCUGUUUCUCUGGUGUUUUGUAGAAGAAUAAAAACCACAACUUGUGCUGACCGUAACAUUUUAGAAGUAGUGUAUGUACGCUCAAGAUUUUGAACCUGUCAUCGGUGUCAUCUGGGAAUCGGUGAAUAUUUAUACCUUGUGUGAUUCAUUCCACAGAGAUCUGGCUUCAUUUAGUUCUAUUUCACGUGUUAUUCAGGGCUUUUGAGUAUCUCUCUGGUCUGUUAUUGCUCACAUGUUGCACAUUACAUGGCGAUAAAUGCAUUCAACUUAAUCAUAUUCCAGCCAUAAUUAGCCAGUUUGUUACAGAGGAAGUGGAUAACUUACCUUUAUGUAUUUAAAUAUCACCUUUUAUUUUUUCUGACAAAUGACAGAAGAAUGGACUAAACCAAGAAUUCAUACCUUUUGAAAUUUAUUUAUUGCUGGUGUGGUGUCUUUGAUAUAGACAGACUUCAUCAAAAACACACAGGAAAAAGCAUUUUGAAUCAGAAUCAUCUUUGUACCAACAAUUUUUUUUUUUUAAAUAAAUUCUCAGUAAAAUGAA